CGUGAUGUCACUGUCGUCGGGUAAGUGUAAAAUAUGUAAACAAGAACGCGAUUUUCUUUAAAAAAAAUUUAUAGAAGAGUAAGCGCUGCACCAGUUAUACCAACAUUAAUUUCUGUAUAACUGAACAAAUAUUUUAGAAAAUUGGCAGUUUAAUUUAUGACAACAACAAUGCGAGCAUUUGUUUACGGUGCGCUCGGCAAUUCAGUUCUAAUUAUAUUCUUCUCUAUUACGUCACAUGGGUGACUCGAACUAACCUUCGCGUUUCAGAAACUGGCAGUUGGAUACAGUAAUUCUUGCCCAAUCGGAGCUUUAAUCGAAAGCCAAACAAAGAGAAGAAGUAGCAUCAAGCGCAUCAAGCUUGAAGCGGUUGACGAAGCGCACGUUUUGGUUGUGUUUUGCGCCAACAUUGGUUUGCGUCGCUGCUGUGGCUGCGUUGGCUGCGUGCUGCACCAGUUGCACCGCACGGCGGCACUUCGCGUGCUUGUUUGAUUCUUGGCUUUUGAGUUUUCGAGCCAGCGUUGCUUUGCUACGUGCUGCGCGUCGAGGUUUGACAUGCGAAAAAGCUUUUGUACGUAAUGUAGAAGAACCAUGUUUCAAAUGGAAACCAGCUUCAAGUGUCCGUCAUGCUCCCAGUCGUAUUCGUCGCGAGAGCAUCGAGGCAGUCGCCUCCCGAGGAUCCUCAAAUGUGGACAUACCUGCUGCGAGGCGUGCGUCCGGAGCCGGUCUUCUCAGACCCGCGUCUGCACGUGUCCAGUGUGCAAGGAGCAGCAGGCCUUUUCUGACGUGAGCAGUAUCCAAGACCUGCUGCUGGACUCGUACGCCUUGGGUGCGGAGGCUGCGUCGACUAAGCACAGUCAGAUGACGCAAAGAAUCUUGAGUUCUCAGCCUUUGAGUUUGACAAUGAAGUGGCCAGAGCCAAACAAGAAAACAGCCAGAACUGUUUCCUGUGAUGAAUGCGGAGACCGAGAGGCAAGCUGCAGAUGCGACACCUGCCCUUCUAAUUACUGCAAGUUUUGCUUUGAGCAGGUGCACAAAACAGGGAAAACUAUGAAGAGACACCAGCCCAAGAGGUUGGAGGCUUCUAUCGUGGCUGCUCCCCCUCCAAUGUGCCAGGAGCACGAACGAGUCAUGGAGUUCUUCUGCCAGACAGACGGCACACUCAUCUGUAGCUUCUGUGUGGUCAUGGGCACGCACAAGCUGCACGACGUUGUGGCCAUCUUGGAUCAAAACAAAGCUUGUAUGGAUCAGCUCAGGCCUACCUUAGAAGAAGCUACAAAAUCCUACCAUGGCUUGAAGAGAACUGCAAAGAAACUGGAGAACAUCCUCAGCGGAGUGCAUGGGAACUAUCAGACGCUGGCUCAGGAUGUGCAUUCUCAUUUCCAGCAUCUUCACUGCUUACUUCAGCUCAGGUCACACCAGUUGCUCUCAGACAUCAAGAAAAUUGAUGGUGACUACACGCAAGGACUCCAGGAAGAGUUGAAAGGCGUCUUGGCUAAGAUAAAGGAAUUUCAAGCUGUACGGAAAGAUGUUGCAGAUGCGGUUUCCUCUUCCGACCCAAGCAAUGCUGCCUAUCUGCUUGACAAGCUCAAAUCCUUCCGAAACCUGCCUUGCUUCCUUGUGAACGACUUUCAGGAACACAGGCCGACGUUUGAGGUCAUGUACGAUCCCUCCAUUUCUGAGGUGCUGAGGAGCUACGGCGAGAUGCGGUUCACAAUGCCGGAAAAACUGUCGUUCGUAUCCUCGAAGGACCUGCCUGAAGACUACAUUCAAGACGAGCUGGACGAAACUGAUACCGAGUCGUCCUCGUCUGUGGGCAAGCUGGAGGAGAUCUCGACUUCGGCCUCAAGCAUAUCUGGUGACAGCAUGCUGCCUGCCUCCGGCUCGGACGACACCCUGAGUGGCAAGCGGGUGAUGGUGUCCCAUGUUCGGGACCCAAGUCUCUUCUACGUCCAAGUGACCAGUCUUGCCGCCAAGCUUCAGAGAAUGCAGGCAGAGAUCAAUGCCUACUGCAUGUCACUGGGCUCGAGGCUGAACCCCGACGAAGAACCCAGAGCUGGCAAGAUGUACCUGGCCCAGUUCCUCCUCGACAACAACUGGUACCGCUGCCGGGUGCUGCGCGUGGUACGUUGUGACCUGGAUGUUGUGGACGGAGCCAGCUUCAGCCAAAGCAGCUUCAAGGUUGAAGUUUUUUACGUCGACUAUGGGAACUCCGAGGUGGUUCCCCUGUCCAGGCUCAGGGUGAUGGUUCCCGUGUUUGAGAGACUGCCCCACCUUGCUCUCAAGUGCUCACUGUACAACCUGGCCACAACGAAAGGAGAUUUUCACUGGAAAAAAGAGAGCAUAGCCAUGUUUGCUAGGCUGACUGAGCACAGGAGGCUGAUUCUAAUGGUGGCCGAGCACAGCGCCGACACGUACCACGUCGACCUACUCGACACGGAUGGAGACUCGGGGUUCUCCGGCAGCCGAACGUCGAUCUGCGACGCCCUCGUGUUCCUGGGCAUGGCCACGUACCACCUGCCCGUACACAGUGAAAGCAAGCGGGCCAACCCCCGCAGGCAGUUCUAUUCUCCCCAGGAGCUUCAUCCCGGCCAGGUCAUGAACGUCUUUGUCAGCUGCAUUAAUGACCCAAACAGGAUGUUCAUUCAGGAGCUCAGCAGCAACGUAGAGUACCUGCACAGCAUGAUCAACGAGUUGCAGGAGCACUGCAACAAAAGAAGCGCCGAAAUGGACAUCGUCUACGCACCGCAAGUCGGGACGGUGUGCCUGGCCCAGUUCCUGCCGGACCAGCUGUGGUACCGGGCGCAGGUGGUGGCCCUCCCCGGCGGGGCCCAGGUGGAGGUGUUGUACGUGGACUACGGCAACAAGGAUGUGGUCCCGGGCCUGUCCGUGCGCAAGAUCCCGGACCGCUUCAUGCGCCUGCCCAUACAGGCCGUCCAGGUGGCACUGGCAGACGUCGCACCCCUUGCGGGGAACUCCUGGUCCAACGAGGCCAAGAACAAAUUGACGAAGCUGACCUCAAGUCGGAGUCUGAAAAUGAAGGUCCAUUCUGCCACUGGUCCGAAGGGUUUUCCCAACGUCACCUUGUACAUCCCUGGCAAAGAGGACUUUGACCUGUGUGUCAACGCCCUUCUUGUGCAGGAGAAGGUUGCAGUGAGCACCGGGCCCUUGUCCAUGAUGGUGGAAGUUCCGCGUGUGAGGACCCCGUCUACCGGCGCGCAGGCGCUCUCGCUCGUGGAUGUGUUCGAAGAAACCUCCCGGGCUAACUCGAGGAAGAAGCGGCAGGUCAAGGAGUCGUGCGGCAGCCCCCCCAACGGGGCAGAGGCGCUGCUGGCCGCCCUGGAGAUGAGCGCACACUCGGCCCACCAGAUGGCCCCCUCCUCCAGCCGUCCGCCCCCCUCGGAGAACUACGUGGCCAUGGACGUCGCCCACGCCGAGUCUCCUGCAGGAUUCUAUGUGCACCUGGCGGCGCAGAAAGCCGGUCUCAAGAGCAUUGCUGCUGAGCUGCAGCAAGCCUGCAGCUUGGCCGAAAACUGCGCCGAUCUGUCCUGGGAGGCUGGAGACCUGUGCGCCGUAAAGCACACCACCGGCUGGGAGCGUGGCUGUGUGGAGUCUGCGGCAGAAGAUGUGCAGGUACGGCUCAUUGACCGUGGAGCCGUAGUGACCGUCCCAAAAUCCGAAGUUUUGCCCCUGGAGAAGUCCCUGGCAGAACUUCCUCCCCUGGUCACCAAGUGCCACUUGGCAGACAUGGUGCCGGCCGGCGGCAGCAAAAACUGGUCCAAGACCGCCGACGAGCACUUCAGCGAAGUGUUGCGAUCUACAGAGAAAGUCUACCUCGUUGAACUGGGCGAAGAGACUGGCGGCUCCCUUCCGGUCGACCUGAUGAUGGAGAGGACCAUAGAUGCGGGGGCCCUGGAACCCAUGCGGAGGGAGUACAAGAGCGUCAGAGAGCAACUGAAGGAGGCCGGCUAUGGCUUCAUCACAAAGAGGUCAUACGAAAGUAGCAGCAGCAGCAAAGAACCCAAGUCAACUCUAGUCUCUCAGGAAGCAAGGCCUCCAAGUGCCACAAGCUCCUGCCCUCCCUCUGCAUCUGCAAGACAGGUAGAGCCUGGAGACCUCAGCCUAACUAUGGCAGCACAAUUUCAAUCGUUGGCUACCGAUGCGACUGGCAAGACGGAUGCUGGCAUGAAACGCCCAAUUCUUCUAAGUCCUGAAGCGAUUAUGAUGCUGGCUUCCAGCAUAAUGCCUAAUGAAAGUGAGGAAGAAGCUCUGAAACAAACUGAAGGUCCAACUGGAAAUGAGGCCACAGAAGAACAUUCUAAAGCUCCGGAAGAGGUUCUGGAAGCAAAACCGAAGCACAGGCUAGAUUCUACAAAACAAAAAGAUGCUCAAGAGGAGGCUCAAGAGGAGGCUUUGAGAGAGUUCCCAAAAAAGCCUUCAAGAAAAGAAUCAAAAGAGAGUUCCAGAAAGGAAUCAAAAGAGAGUUCCAGAAAGGAAUCAAAAGAGAGUUCCAGAAAGGAAUCAAAAGAGAGUUCCAGGAAGAAAUCAAAAGAGGCUUCACAACAGCCACUGAGAGAGACUUCAGGAGAGAGUCCAGAAACAGCCCUGAAGCUUGGGCUGGAGAAAGACACCGUGAAGGUAAUCCCGAAAGCAACAUCGAUGGUGGGGCUAAAGAGAAUGACAGAAGACACAUCGCAAGUGACUGUAACGGAGACCCCAAAAAGGACUUUGGAAGAGACCGUAAAAAAGACCCCAAAAGAGCCUCCAAGAAAGGCAUUGAAAGAAACUUCACUGAGGACUCCCAAAGAGACUUCGAAAGAGUCUUCAGCAGUAACACCGAAGCUAGGGCCAAAGAGGUUGGCAAAAGACACUCCAAAGGCAACUCCAGAAGCAAUAGCAAAGCAGGUAGAAGACACCUCUGAAGGGACUGCAAAGGAGACCGUAGAACAAAUUCUGCGAGAGACUUCUGGUGACCCACCGGAAGAAAAGAUUGCUGAAAAGACCACUGAAACAGCUCUUGAUGAACCUACUCUCAGACGGUCUCCGGAAGGGACGAAAGCCAUUCCCACUGCAGAAGCGCUUGCUGGCGGAGACAUUGAACCGGAUAAGCUGGUCGAGGACACGAAACAACCGAGCGGCAUUUUGGACGAGGAUAAGAAAGACGGCAAGUUUGUGAUUUGCUUGGCCGAUUCAGAGUCCGACCUGUCUUCGGAGGACGGGGAGCUCGACUCGUUCCGCCUGAUUCACGACGACACAGACCCGGUGGACUGGCUGGAACGCCCGUUUCCGGCCGAAAAGCAGCUUCUGGUGAUGCCGUCCCACAUUGACGAAGACGCCGUCAUUUACGUUCAAGUUUUGGGAAAGGACAUAGAGCUGUACAAGGCGAUGAAGGAGGCAUUGACCGACACCUACUCAGAGUUGCCCGCCCAGCAACACAAGACCCUGCGACUGGGUCAGGCCUGUGUGGCACGCUACUCCCUCGACGAGAAGUACUAUAGGGCCAAGAUCCUCAACUCUGGAGAGAAGGGCAUUGAGGUGCGCUUUGUGGACUACGGAACCACCGAGUAUGUGAACCCAGACUUCAUAUUCCCAGAGCUGAUGUUCGAAGAUGUGCCCAAGCUCUGCAUUGAAGUGGAGUUUUAUGGACUAAAGCCUUUUUCAACUUCAGGGAGGUGGCCCCUUACAGUUCUGGACACUCUGCAUUACAUGUUGGUGGAGCAGAACUGCUCAAUGGUUGUCAAGAAACUGCCGACAGAGAAUGCACGUGCCAAGGUACUCCUGUUCCUGCCAGAUGGAGUCUCCAUGUACGACUUCAUGCUAGAGGCUGGGAUUGCUGUACGAAACGAGGAGGAACCUAUAGAGCAGAAUGGCGAGGUGUCUUGUGAGGCAGUGCCAUGCCCCUACGAGCCCGUGGCGUUCCCGGAGAGAGGGGUGUUUCCUGUGCUGGUGACGCACCUGGAGGACGUGACCAGAGGCAGCGUGCAGCUGUCCAAGGUGGCCCACGCCUCGAACCAGGAGCAGCGGAAGAUGAACGCAUCUGUGGACGCCUUCAGGGCCAUGGCCGACGACCUCCAGAGGGUGGCCGUGGACUGCCCCCCUCUGGUACAGGCCAGCCGGGGAACACCUUGUAUCUGCCAAUACUCCUACGACAAGAGAUGGUACCGUGCGCUGGUGACUGACGUGCGAAAGAAAAAAGUGGCCAUCCUCUACGUGGACUUCGGCAACAGUGAAAAGGUUUCCAUGUCCAAGCUGGUUGCUCUUCCAGGGAAGUUCCUCAGCAUUCCAAUGCAAGCCAGGCCAUGCCGUUUCUACGGUGUCAGUCCUGGUGAAAACAGUGCGAAGGCAGUGGACAUGCUUUCGAACAUUCUGUUUGAGAGUGGAAACGAAGGGUUCCUGGCCAGGGUGAAAAACAUGGACAGCGACCCCAUUGAGAUCGACCUGCUGGACUCUUCCUUGGAACUCGUCUAUCAGCCCCUGGCUGACGAGGGUUACAUUACACUAGACAGGACGGAGUGAGACGUGCAAGAAACAGCUCUGGUGGAGCUGAUGUCUAUCGGGAUUUUACAUAAUGUGGACUCGUUCUAUUGUUUUCUGAAGAUCUUAUUUUUAGAUUAUGUUGCCAAACAAGCGUGUUAAAGUUGUUUUUUUGUUUGUUUUUUUAGCAAGGGAUAAAUUGCUGUCAAAGUAAUGUUUUGUUGUGGUUUUUUGUAAGUGUUUCAUUACAAGUAUUAAAAGUGGUCCAUUGCA